GAUCCCGGAAGUGUUUGAGGGAGGCCUGGUACGGCGGACCGAGUUUGAAUGGAUUGGGCUGAUUCAUCGCGGCCCUGUUGAGCGGAAGACGGUGGUGCUGAGCGCUCGUUGAUAGGAAGAGACGAAUUGCCUGAGGGAAGGGGGCUUGGAAUCGCCGCCACUACGGGAAUAAAACUUCACUGGCAUCAAGACUCGGGAGUCCUGACUAGAACUGAGUAGAAAAUAUGGAUAGACUCCUUCGACUUGGUGGAGGCAUGCCUGGUCUGGGACAGGGACCGCCUACUGAUGCCCCUGCCGUUGACACAGCCGAACAGGUUUAUAUCUCUUCUCUUGCCCUUUUGAAGAUGUUGAAGCAUGGUCGUGCUGGUGUUCCCAUGGAAGUUAUGGGUCUGAUGCUUGGAGAAUUUGUUGAUGACUAUACUGUCAGAGUGAUUGAUGUGUUUGCUAUGCCACAGUCAGGAACGGGGGUCAGUGUCGAGGCUGUUGAUCCUGUGUUUCAAGCCAAAAUGUUGGAUAUGUUAAAGCAGACUGGAAGACCUGAGAUGGUGGUUGGCUGGUAUCACAGUCACCCUGGCUUUGGCUGUUGGUUGUCUGGUGUGGAUAUUAAUACUCAGCAGAGUUUUGAAGCCUUAUCCGAAAGAGCCGUCGCUGUUGUGGUGGAUCCCAUUCAGAGUGUAAAAGGAAAGGUUGUUAUCGAUGCCUUCAGAUUGAUCAAUGCUAAUAUGAUGGUCUUGGGACAUGAACCAAGACAAACAACUUCAAAUCUGGGUCACUUAAACAAACCAUCUAUCCAGGCUUUAAUUCAUGGUCUGAAUAGACAUUACUAUUCCAUCACUAUCAACUACAGAAAGAACGAGCUAGAACAGAAGAUGUUGCUGAAUUUGCAUAAGAAGAGUUGGAUGGAAGGGUUAACUCUCCAAGACUACAGUGAACACUGCAAACUUAAUGAAACAGUAGUGAAGGAAAUGCUGGAAUUAGCAAAGAAUUAUAACAAGGCUGUAGAGGAAGAAGAUAAAAUGACACCUGAACAGCUGGCAAUAAAAAAUGUUGGCAAGCAGGACCCAAAACGUCAUUUAGAAGAACAUGUGGAUGUGCUGAUGACUUCCAACAUCGUCCAGUGUUUAGCAGCUAUGCUGGAUACUGUUGUGUUUAAAUAACGACUCUUCUGCUCAUCAACGCUGUUUUCUUUCCGUAAUCAUCCAUUGUUUCAAGCACUGAGACUGAGAUAAAUUCGGAUGUCAAAGACAUCUGGCAUCAUUUGCAGUCUAAGAGCAGCACUGUAACACCUUUUCAUCUUUGUUGUGCAAUUACUUUGGGGUUUUUUUUAAAUGGCUGUGUCUUCACAGAUUCCAACACAGUUCAAGAGCACCAAGUUGGGAAAGUGCGUGUUAAUGUUUUCAUUUGAUGUUUGAGGGAAAAUCAGCAGUAAAUAUAUAUAUUGAAGACUGCUACAUACAUGAUUUUUAAAAAAAAUCUGUAACCCAUUUAGUGUUCUGGUGGUUUUGUUCAUAAAUCAAGAGAAAAGGUAUAUGCUGGUGCUGCUGUACAGAAUUCAUGCAUGAGAACUUGGUGCUUCACAGAUGAAACCUGGCAACCUGUGACAUAGAUGUGAUUUUGCAACCAAAAAACACCCUUCUUAGAAAGCAGCUUGGUUUUUGUCCCAUGGCGAAUGCAGUCCGAUUGGCAUAGGAAGAAAAGAGCGCAAUCCAGUAGUCUGGGUGCAUUAUCGUCAUUACAGAUCUUUCCCAAGUUCUUCUUUCUAGAAUGGUCCAUGUGUGUCCUGGGGCAACACUAAGAGGAAGGAAACAAAACUAUCCUCUCCUCCCUCUUCCACUGAUGGACUGUUACACCCAGGCCAUGUAAAGCACUUUGCAGUGCUGAUUGGUUUGCUUCUGUGCUCUUUGGGAUUAGAGUCGUCAUAACAGUUCUGAUUUCCAUCCUUUUUAGGAUCAUAGAAUCAUAGAAUGUUAGAGUUGGAAGGGACCUUGCAGGUCAUCUAG